GGUAACCACGACCACCUCCACCACCUGUCAACCGGCUGCCAACCAGCGUCGUCGACUCUCGACAAAGCACGUCUCCCUAACACCCCAUCAUCCUCCCACCGUCUUCCUGCCGACCGUCACCCGCCGCCCCUCUUAGCUCCUCCUCACGUCCGCACCUUCGGGCCUCACGCAGACCGAGGACCUCGCCAAUCUUUCGACCGCGUGUUGUCCCCUCCAUCGUCAACCUGACACCCCAGACCAUCGUCAGCCUCACCGACAGCUUCCACAAACCUACCCCGCCUGUGCGGGUGCGACCCUGCCCGCGGGCCGCCGUGUGCAUGGCUCCGCCGGAGCAGCCCACGGGCGACGAGGUUUCCACAAGCCCGCCCGCCGGCCAUGCUGUGGAUGCUCCCGAGACGACAUCAGGCCGAGACCACAAGCCCGGGUCCGAUGACCGCGCUGGCGCUCCAGAGGUGCCCCCCCAGGCCACAGCCUCUUCCCACGACGCCAUUCGCCCCGUCUCCUCCACGCACGACGAUGCCGACGUAGCUUCCGCGAGCGAGCCCGAGCCACGGCUGGCUGCUGCUGCUGCUGGCUCCCAGUCGCCGUCCACCAUCAUGCCCGCCGGCACCCGCUCGACGGACGAGGCGCCCCAAGACACCAUGCUUCGUCCCUCUACACCCGUCAAGGGCAAGCAGCCCGCCACGAGCUCAGACCAGCCCUUCGAUGCCAUGGGCUCCUCGGUAGCCACCCUCAAGGCCUCCACGCCUACUCCCCUCAACGAUGCAAACUCGCAGUUCCUCACCGCCGAGCCCUCGAGUUACAUCGAUCCGACGCCCGCCACACCGCGAACAUCACAGCCUCCAUCGCGGACUCCCUCGCAUGCCAGGUCCGUUCAGUCCGACGAUGACCAAUCCCCCUUCAGGUCCGACGAGGACAAGCGGUACACGAGCGAGGACGAGCAAGAUGGCGGCUCGCGCUCCGAGAUCCAGAGCAUCAUGGAGCAGUUUAGCGAAGCCGGCGGCGGCCCCGGCGAGGACGAGGUCAUGAGCCCUAGGUUGGAGAUCACCUCCCCCAUCCUCGGCGGCACCAUGCAGCACCCUCCCCGCAAAUCCAGCCUCGAGCCGCUCGCCCCUUCCCUCUCCAGCCAGUUGCACGACUUCAACGCCUUGCGCUUGAGCACCUCGUCCCCCGCCGCCGUGGGUGCCGACGAACGUUCUCCGGACGAAGAGGGGCCCCCUGUCCCCCCCAAAGACGGAGCGUUUGGCACUCCUCCGCGACCCAAGGGCGAGCGCAAGGCCUCUCUCGUCGCAUCCCCUGCCUCGCCCCCGCUCCAGAUGCACCGCCCUCCUCCACCGGAGCCCGAGCCCGAGCCGUCUCUCCCGUUCGAUUUCCACCGGUUCCUGGAGCAGCUGCGAAAUAAGAAGGCCGACCCCGUGGCAAGAUAUCUUAAGUCGUUCUUGUCCGAGUUUGGGAAAAAGCAGUGGAUGGUUCACGAGCAGGUCAAGAUCAUUAGCGAUUUCCUGGCCUUCAUCGCCAACAAGAUGAUGCAGUGCGAGGUUUGGAGGGAUGUAUCCGACGCCGAGUUCGACAAUGCCCGCGAGGGUAUGGAGAAGCUGGUCAUGAACAGGCUCUACACGCAGACCUUCUCCCCGGCCAUUGCGCCCCCCAAGCCUAUCCCCGGGGCCAAACCAAAGAAAAGAGGGGGGGAUAUUCCCAUGGGGCCCGGCCGUCGCGGACAACACCAGGAAGACGUCGAGAGGGAUGACAUUCUCACACAGAAAAUCAACAUAUACGGAUGGGUCAAGGAGGACCACCUCGACAUUCCGCCCGUUGGCGAGAGCGGCCGCCGCUUUCUGAAACUAGCACAACAAGAGCUUUUAAAGAUCAAGUCAUACAGAGCGCCGCGGGACAAGAUAAUCUGUGUCCUCAACUGCUCCAAGGUCAUUUUUGGCCUGCUCAAGCACAACAAGUCGGACUCGUCGGCCGAUUCCUUCAUGCCCUUACUAAUCUAUGUCGUGCUGCAGUCCAAUCCCGAGCACUUGGUGUCUAAUGUUCAGUACAUUCUGAGGUUUCGGAACCAGGAGAAGCUCGGAGGCGAGGCGGGAUACUACCUGUCUUCUCUUAUGGGGGCAAUCCAGUUCAUCGAAAACAUGGACCGUUCGUCCCUGACCAUUUCCGACGACGAAUUUGAGAAGAAUGUCGAGGCUGCCGUCUCCGCCAUCGCAGAGCGGCAUCAGGCCAUCUCUCCCGUCAUCACGCAGCAAGCCACCUUCAACGAGAAGCACCCCCUGCAUCCGCCGGGGGAGUCUUUCAGCAGACCAUCAACUGAUAGUGCAGAGGGGGCGCCUCCUCGGCACUCAACAUCCUCAUACGACGGCGAAUCACGGGACGACGGGGCCGCUAUAUCGGGAAUCCUGCGGACAAUUCAGAAGCCCCUAUCAACGAUCGGCCGCAUCUUCUCUGACGAGGGCGGCUCAUCGUCGUCAACGCCAGGCAGCGCGCCUCGUUCACCUGCGCCCCCUGAGCCAUCUCAGCCCCAUGCGCGACAUCAUCGGGAAGAGGGCGGAGAGGAGGCCCGGCGACACGCGUCGGGCCGGCACGUGCUUUCGGCCGAGGAAGCGGCUGCCAGACAGGCCAGCGCCGAGGUCGCCGAGGCGCAGCGGCUACAGCGCGCUGAGCACGCCAAUGUCGUCGAGACGCUGUCGGGCAUGUUUCCGGAUCUGGACCGCGAGAUCAUUAGCGACGUGGUUUACCAGAAGGAGGGAAGGGUUGGCUUGGCCGUCGACGCUUGUCUUGCAUUAUCCACAUAGACGUCUCUCUCCCUCGGGGGGUCCGGACGGGAGGAGCCAUGGCCGUCAGCAGGUUUCUUCGACCGAUUUGAUUAGAUAGCAUUGCGUCAGGGGCGGAGGCCCCCUUUGCAGAUACCAAGCAGAUGCAGCAGCAUAUAGUCAGUCCAUACGGAAACUUUCUUGCACGUGCUUUCUCUCUCAUCAUAGCACUCUCAUGGUUGCCUUUGCUCCAAACGGGCUGCGGCGUGACUGUCGCUGUCCACGAGGUGUCUCAUGAGAAGAAGGAUCGCGCACGUCUUCGACCAAGCAGCAGUCUUGAAUACGUCUUGAAUACCUUCUUCUAAGUUUAAAUCCUGUUGCAGAAGACAUGGUCGCGCCAAACCGCCCCUGUCCCGCACUCCACAAAUAGGUUGCAAGCUCC